ACACCAGCGUAUCUCAAAUGACGUAAUCACGCACAUAUUCGACCUGUCCUUGAAGCCACAACACAGGCAAGAUGGUCGCAUACUGGAGACAGGCAGGCCUAAGCUACAUCCGCUUCUCCGCUAUCUGCGCUAGCGCGGUGCGCGCUGCCCUGAAGCCGCAGUACAAAACCGAGGCAAUAAAGGCCGCAGAAGCCAGCGUCAAAGUCCUCAAACCCAAAACAGCAGCAUAGCGAUGAGACCAUGAUGUAGAUAGUUUUUUCCCUGGAGUUAUGAGGUCUUGUAACUGUCCUGUCUCGCACACCAUGGAGAAGGGCAAGAAAGAUGGAUGACAUCAAGAUGCGUUGUUGGACUGGGGACCUGAACAGAAUGAAAUAGCUGUUUUUUCUCCUUUCAUUUGUAAUUAAAAUUGUAUUAAAGAUGAAUACCGGAAAUACA